UGUUCUUCUCUCACUCUCUCUCGUGUCCUCCAGACUGGAGUCAUGGAAUCAGGCAUCACUUCACGUCCCGCCGUCUGAUCCUCUCGGGAAUCAUCGGAUCUGAUGGGACAUUUAAGGAUGUUUUUCCCCGAUGUCUCAUAUUCACUUCUGUUGUUGGGAAUCUCGUGUCUGACUGGCUUCACGAAGACUUCACAGGAGUUCUCAGGUUAUUUGUCGAGUGUGCUGAGGAAUUACACCGAACAGGCGUGUGACGGAGAAUUUCUGACUGUUCGCUGUCCGCCCAGAACCUCCAUCACCAUCCAAUCGGCUUUCUACGGCAGAACAGACCCCGCCCACUCACCUCCGUGCCCUUCCCCUUAUAGCAGUGCUGGAACAUUCUCAGUGCAUGACAUCACUUCCUGUCAUGUGUCCACAUCCUUGCAGAAGAUGCUGGAUGAAUGUGAGGACAGGCGGACGUGUCAGGUUCUUGUCAACAGUCGUUUGUUUGGGACGGACCCCUGUCCCACCGUCAGCAAAUACCUCAGUGUGCAGUUCAAGUGCAAACCUAGUGAGUUUAAGAGUAAAGUGGUGUGUGAAGGCGAGCGCCUGCGGUUGGGCUGUAAGGUGGGGAUGCAAAUCACGGUUUAUUCAGCCAUGUUCGGCCGCACACAACAGGGAACGCUGGAGUGUCCUCCACACCACCGGAGGGCGCCAUCUGUCGACUGCUCGUCAGAUGUGGCUCUGCAGGUGAUGACAUCACGUUGCCAGGGGAAACGCUCCUGUGUGGUCCGCGCCUCGACACAAGAGUUUGGUGACCCCUGUUACCACGGCACCCGCAAAUACCUCAGUGUCAUCCACACCUGUGUCCCAAAGAAACUCAUGCAGGAGUCAGUUUCUAGGCAUCCAUCGUUCCCCUCUCCCCCAUCGGUGCCUCAUGACCCCAACGUGGUGGGAGACAGCGCCCCUCCGGACGGGACCCCGUCUCUGACCUCGGACUCUGCGCCAGGGAGGUCGACGCGAGGACGGAGUUCUGGUCCGUUUCUAGAAGAGACGGAUCAGUCUGGAGAACGUGAUCCGAACCCAACCAUCUCCACCGUAAUCCGACCAGCCAUGGCCCUCAUCAGCAGCAUGCUGACGGCCUACACCUACAUCACAGAGCACCCGGAGCGGUGUGCGCUUUAUUUCAUGUGUGGCAUUUGUGGGGGUCUGUUCCUCACACUCUUCGCACUGGUGGUUCAGAUUUCCUGUCGUACGGACUGUAAGCCUCGUCAAGCCGUCGCUAAGAAGCCUCCUAGCCCCGAGGACCCAGACAGCAACACCUCUGACUCUGAUUCAGACUGGGACACGAGCUCGGACCUCUCGGCCCGACGGCAACGACGCUUCGUGCGCACGCUCAACACUAAUGUCUUCAUGUCAGCGGAGGAGUUGGAGCGAGCACAAAGAUUGGAGGAGAGAGAGCGCAUCAUACGGGAAAUCUGGAUGAACGGACAGCCGGACGUCCCAGGAACCCGCAGCCUGAAUCGCUACUAUUAGAGCACCGCCUCUGAUCGAGCUCAUCCAGACGGGAAGCUACUAACAGAGGCAUCACCCAGUGUGUAUUUUGCAGUGGAAAUAAGCUCUUUGUUCAGGCACAGAUUAUCUGUAAACUUCAAUACACAGAGGUGAAAGGUCAAAAUGCUGCGUUCAGACAAGUUGGAUUUGGGAGUAUUCUUUCUUGAUGUCUUGAAGUUGGAGAUUAAUUUUCCUUACUGAAGCUAAGGCUCAUGGGAGAUGUGGUUCAGCUGAAAGCUGUCUCUACAAGUCUAUAGGCAGCUCUGAGAGGUGUGAUAAGCUCUAAGCACUGUGAUUGGUUCUUCACUCCGCCUAUCAAACAGUGAGGACCACCUUCUGUAGGAAGAGAACUGUGCAAAUUAAGUGCCUCCAGUUUGAUCUGACAUAUACAGUACACAUAUACAGUACAGUGGGUCUUAAAAAUAGCCCAAUGUGAAUGCAUUAGGAAGCAAAUAUAACAAAUUAAGCUGCAAAUGAUGCUGGAGCUUCACUUUUCUGCAUCAUUUCAAAGUGGCACAAUGCAUUUUUUGCUUUCACUUUACAAUAAGGUUCCUUUUAUACGGGAACUGACAAUGAAAAAUACUUCUAAAGCAUUUAUUAAUCUCAGUUAAAGUUCAUUUCUGUUUUUACUAAUACAUACAAGUUCUAUC